CUUUUUUCGAGACCCUGCGAUAAGCAUCGACGAGCUCAUCGAUGAGGUUCCCCAGUCAACACAACAGCUUUCUCAACAGACAACGCCUAACCGGUAGCCAAAAUGCGCGCCUUAACAGACGAAGAAAUGAAGACGGUGUUGGACAAGCUAGCCAACUACAUGUCCGACCUCAAAAGCCUGAUCGCCCCGCUAGAAGACGGCGACCGCUAUGUGUUCCGCCUGAACCACUCUCGCGUCUACUACGUCAAGCUCUCGAUCGCCAACCUUGCCACGAGCAUAAGCCGCGAUGCCCUGCUCAGCCUCGGCACUUGUCUCGGCAAGAUGACCAAGACGGGCAAGUUCCGCCUGCACAUCACGGCCCUGCCCAUCAUCGCGUCCGGCGCAAGGCACAAGAUCUGGGUCAAGGACAACGGGGCGCAGCCGUUUCUGUAUGGGUCGAAUGUGGUCAAAGCGCACGUCGGGCGCUGGUCCGAGGACUGCCCUGAGCAUUCGGGCUGUGUGGUGUAUAGUAUGGCGGAUAUCCCGCUUGGGUUUGGAGUGACUGCGAGGAGUACGGCGGAGGCGAGGCGGCUAGAUCCCACGGGUAUUGUGUGCUUCCGGCAAGCAGACUGCGGAGAAUACCUCCGUGACGAAGAUACGCUCUUCGCCGGUUGAUUGGGAGCCUGCGGAAAAGAUAUGGUCAGAAAAAAGAAAUAGGCAGGCGUCAGGCGUUAUAGAGGGUCUUGGAUCAAUCAUAAGAGACGGCGGACUUUGAUUUAGUGACCGAGGUUCAAGCCAGCUUUACAUUCAGAGAUACCAAUAACCUGGGAAAU